UUUUAUUUUUUGAGUUUUAGGUUUUUGGAAAUGCAUUGCAGGGAUGAGGGAACUUCUUCCCCUAGCUUAGGUGUGAAGCGGUCCACCACCGAUCACCGCGUACGACGUCGUUUUGCACAAGGACACACAAAUUCCGUUGAUUUCGGGUUACAUUUCAUUCUACAGUCUGGACAUGAUCAUUGAGUCUUCCUCAUCCUUGGCAGCAAAAUUGAGAUCAUUCUCACUUGGUUUGUAUGCUUUUACUUUGAAGUGUCUGUCUUAAUGUAUUGAGGAACACCUGUUUUAAUGUAUUGAGGAACACCUGACUGUUGUUUGCCUGAAAGAACCAGUAAGCAAAUAUGAGAACUGGAUCAAUCUGAUAUGGUUAUGAUGGAAAAGCAAACUAGGACGGAUAGGAUUAGCAAUCUGCCAUGGGAUGUGUUGGACGCUAUCCUUGUGCACUUGCCACUAAAAGAUGCCGCAAGGACUAGCAUCUUAUCAAGUAAGUGGAGAUAUAAAUGGAUUAGCCUUUCACAGUUUGUAUUUGAUGAUAAAUGCUUCUCCAAUACUUUAUUGAACAAAGUAGACAGAUGGGGUGAGAUUAUGAAAAUUAUUCAUCGUGUCCAGAAAAAUCACAGUGGGCCAAUAGAAAAGUUCAAGCUUGCUGCUUAUUGCUGUCCAAAUCACUUGGAUUUAGAUCAGUGGAUGCACUUUUUAGCAGAGAAAGGCAUUAAGGAGUUUGUCCUUAAGGAGUUCUAUUUUAUCAGGCGCUUUAAGUUGCCUUGUUGUCUAUUCUCUUGUCAACAACUAAGACACUUGGAGCUGUAUGGUUGCACAUUCAAACUUCCACCCGAAUUUAAAGGAUUUAAGUGUCUUGCAAGCCUACAGCUCAGACAAGUCUGUGUAGACAGUGAUACACUUGAAAGUCUGAUUCUUCAAUGCCCUGUUCUCGAGAGAUUGAUUCUGUUAAAAAUUGAUGGUUUAACAUGUCUUAAAAUCCACAAUCCAAAUCUGAAGUACUUGAAAAUAUAUACUGAAUUUGGGAAUAUCUAUCUUGAAAAUAAUCCACUUCUCUCAAGCAUUGAUAUUCACCCAACAAGUGUGAACUUAGAAAUGAACAUGUUCUGUUCCCUUGAAGAAUGGAAAGCUUGCAAUUUGUUCAGGGUUCUUGGUUGCUUGUCUGGUGUUAAGAGGUUCUCUCUCUCUGGACACUUUCUUGAGUUUAUAGGUACUUCAAAUGUACCAGAGAGACUGCCUGAGAGGUUCAACCGGCUCAUGGCCCUUGAGCUAAGGGAAGUAAGUUUUAAAAGUUUGAAUGAAGUAAUGGUUUUUCUUGCCAUCCUCCAAAGUUCCCCAAAUUUAGAGGAACUCUCUAUCUCACAUCGUGAUUUAGAAGUUGGAUCAUAUGACAUACCUAUUGUGGAGUUCCUGAAAUCGCGUUAUCUAUUGGGCUCUCUCAACCAUCUCCAAGUAGUGAGAAUUAGAGGUAUCAUGGUUAGCAGACCUGAAUGGGAGCUCAUCAAGUUAAUACUUGCUAGUUCCCCAGCGCUUAAGACGAUGACCAUUGUUAAAUACAGAGGUUCGAGGAUUCCAGAAUCAGUGUUUCUGCAAGUUGAGCGGGCUUCGGAAAAUGCAAAAAUUAUAUCCUUAACAUUAUAGGCCAUCAUAUUUAUGAUGUUUAACUCUUUAUAUCUGUCAUAGCUGUUUAUAUAGCCUGUGUUUAACCUUAUCAACCAUAUUGUUCAUGCUGUUUUAUCUUUUCAUUUCAGACAACAGGUUAUCAAUCUAACACACUUCGCUGA